AUGAUUGGAAAGUUGUUAAUGAAAAAGCAGAGUAGAACCAAUUUACUGGAUAAUUCAUCAUCACCCUCUAGUAAUACUGUUAUUCAUUCUAAUCCUUCGUCACCUUCAUUAGAUCUUCAUUCUAAUUCUUUUCAUCACCAUCAACAGGAAGCAGCAACAUUUGUCAAUUUGGUGGUGGAUCAGAGUAAGGAUUCAUCUUCUCUAGAAAAGCAAAAGCGAAUAGAAAAGCUCAAGAUACAAUAUCCCAAAUUGUUUGAGGAGGUUUUUGAGGAGGAAGAUGAGGCUGACAUUUGUCCAAUUUGUUUGGAGUUGUAUACGAGGGAUAAUCCUCAGAUAUUGUGCAAGUGCUCUCAUGGAUUUCAUUUUCAAUGUAGUGAGGAGUGGAAACAACGUUCGAAUGAAUGUCCUGUUUGUUUCAGAAAGUUGAUUUACAUGUAUGAGGAUGAAGAGUUGCCACCAGUUGAAAAGAAUCGAAAUGAAAAGAAGCAAAACCCAACAAUCAUGAUGAGGGAACCUCUCUAUUAUAGUGAAGAUAGACCAAGAAGAGGAUUCUUUGGAACUAUACUUUCAAAGUAUGUAAUAAUUGUCAGUGAUUGA